AUGGCUACCACAUCCAUGGAUUACGAGGCCGCCAAUGGCGACCGCUACGAUGACGAGGCUCCUCGUUACGAGCGCGACAACCGCAGCGCUUCCCCUCGUCCCAUCCGCGAUGAUGGCGACUCUGGACGCCGUCGCUCUGCUUCGCCCGCUGGCAACGGCGACCGUGGCAAUAAGGACGAGACUGGCUCCAAGGGUGGUGAUGAUGACGGCGCUAUCAAUCCUGGCUCCAAUCUCUUCGUCACCGGCAUCCACCCUCGCCUGACCGAGUCCGAGGUGACUCGUUUGUUCGAGAAGUACGGUGAGGUUGAGAAAUGCCAGAUCAUGCGCGACCCCCACACCAAGGAGUCCCGUGGUUUCGGUUUCGUCAAGAUGGUCACCUCGGACCAGGCCGAUGCUGCCAAGGAGGGUCUGCAGGGAGAGCAGAUCGAAGGCCGUACCCUCAGCAUCGAGAAGGCCCGUCGUGCUCGUCCUCGCACUCCCACCCCUGGCAAGUACUUUGGUCCUCCCAAACGUGGCUACAGCGAUGCCCCUGCCCGCUCUGAGGCCCGUGAGCCCUACGGAGGUUCUCGCUGA